AUGGACAAGUGUGACCUGGUACAAAAGGCCAAGCUUGCUGAACAGGCCGAGCGCUACGAUGACAUGGCUGCUGCCAUGAAAGCCGUGACUGAGCAGGGCAGUGAGCUCUCCAACGAAGAGAGGAACCUGCUGUCUGUUGCCUACAAAAACGUUGUAGGCGCCCGCCGCUCCUCCUGGCGUGUGAUCUCCAGCAUCGAACAGAAGACUGAAGGCAAUGAGAAGAAACAACAGAUGGCUAGAGAAUACAGGGAAAAGAUCGAAGCGGAGCUCACUGAAAUCUGUACCGAUGUUCUUGAACUUCUGGAAAAGUAUUUGAUCGCUAACGCUACACCACCAGAAAGUAAGGUCUUCUACUUGAAAAUGAAGGGAGAUUAUUAUCGGUACCUUUCUGAAGUAGCAACUGGAGAUAAGAAACAAGUUACUGUAGAUAAUUCUCAGAAAGCUUAUCAGGAAGCGUUUGAAAUUAGCAAGCGUGAGAUGCAGCCAACACACCCCAUUCGACUUGGACUGGCUCUCAACUUCUCCGUGUUUUACUAUGAAAUUCUUAACUCUCAAGAAAAAGCCUGCAGCCUAGCAAAAACGGCAUUUGAUGAGGCAAUAGCUGAACUGGACACAUUGAAUGAGGAGUCUUACAAAGACAGCACUCUUAUCAUGCAGCUAUUAAGGGACAAUCUUACACUAUGGACCUCAGAACAACAGAACGAUGAGGCUGAAAAUGUAGAGGGAGACAACUAA